GUCACCCACUAGGAAGAACUGGACAAUGGAGGUGGUGGCGAGUAGCGUCGUAUUAGCGGUGUUAACUCUGCUUUUGUUCCUGGUGUGGAGGAAGGCCUCAUAUUGGUCAUCCCGAGGGGUGCCCUAUGUCUCUGCAUACAUAAGCUUCGGAUACACAAUCUACUGGAUCUUCAGGAAACAUGAACAAUUGUGGAUAAUGGUUGAUAAGAGUUACCAGAGGUACAAAGACAAAGGGUAUUAUGGGUUAUACGGACUAGAUUUUAAGCCAUCAUUGAUGGUAGGGAACCCAGAGUUGGUGAAGCGAGUCAUGGUACAGGAUUUCGACUAUUUCCACGAUCGUAGGAUCAUCGAUCUCACUGAUAAGGAUAUAUACUUCAAAGAGAUGUUGACAAUGGUGAGUGGCAACCACUGGAAGGGUGUCAGGUCGGUCGUGACGCCAACAUUUACAUCUGGGAAGAUGCGCAAGAUGUUUCCCCUCGUUUUAGAGAAAGCAGAUGCCAUGAUGCAACAUUUCAGGAACAUUCAUCACCAGAAGAACGUCUCUGUAAAAAUGAAGUUUUCAUUCUCUCGCUAUGUCAUGGAUGUCAUAGCUGCCUGCGCCUUCGGGAUUGAAUGUAACUCUAUUGAAAAUGAGGAAGAAGAAUUCUCAAAAAUGGCAGCAGAAAUAAAUAAAAUCAACGCCCGGUCAGUGAUAAGGGGAAUGGCCGUAUUUUUCCUGCCUAAAUUUGUGCGCAAAGUCCUCGACAUAAAUCUGACUACUCCUGCCGGCCUCUUCUUUCGUGACGUGGUCAUACAGACGAUGAAGUUGAGGCAGGAGUCAGGCAUAAAGCGUGGAGACUUCCUGGACCUGAUGCUGGAGCAGCGUCAGGAGCAACUCCACCAAGAUGAUAAAACACCAAAAUACCCUCUGAAAGAUGACACCAUCAUUGCUCAGUCCAUGUUAUUCCUGGUGGCUGGUUUCGACACCACUGCCAACACUCUGGCAUUCACCGCCUUCCAUCUGGCCAAACACCCGCACAUUCAACAACGUCUUCGUGAGGAAGUACAGAACAUUGUCAAGGAACAUGGCUCGCUAACCUACCAGGCAAUUAUGGAGGCACAAUAUCUCGAUGCUUGCAUUUCAGAGACUUUGAGGCUUAACCCACCAGCAGCCUUGACGGAGAGGCAGUGCACUAAGGAUUACUGCCUGCCUGGCACAGACGUGAUAAUCAGUAAGGGAAUUAUGGUCACUAUACCCAUCUGGAGCCUUCAAAACGAUCCCCAGUACUGGACCAACCCCACAGAGUUUAAUCCAGACCGCUUUCUGCCUGACAACAAGCCUAAUCUCAUCAGUGGUACCUACUUACCGUUUGGUCUUGGACCCAGAAACUGUGUUGGAAUGAGGUUUGCACUGAUGGAGUCUAAGUUAGUGCUGGCCAAGCUGGUGGAGAACUUUGACCUCCGUCCUGACCCAGCCAGCCCUGAGCUGCAAUUCUCCAUAGUAGCAAUGAGGCCCAAGGAAGACAUCAACCUUAUCCUCACCCCCAUCACUACAAGUGUUUAGAGAGAAGGAAGAACUAAGAUGGCGGCCCAGAUCUCAGACCUCACAUCGCCAGCCUGAGAUACAUUACUACAAUCAUUAAUCAUUAUGCAAUAUAAAGAGAAAUUAUAGAGGAUUAUACAUUACAUAAACUACAAGCUUCUCCAAGUCAAGCCUAAAAUAAAUAACUACAAGGUCCGGGAGACCUUGCAGUACUUCCACGAUGUCAGCUAAACUUCAUCACAAGUAUUGCUACUCCAGACACCACUUUAUUUUCUUAACUGAUCGAGCCUAAACUUGUAAUAAUUUUUUGCUUGUGGGGGUCCUUGAUAAAUAAUAAUCCUCAUCAUAACCACUAACCUAUAUAACAGCAUCAAUAAUUUUGUUGAUGCUGUUACUUGUAGCUUUUUAACCCAUUUGACUAUAACAAUAUGAGUCAAAUUGAUUUUUUACUUAUUUAGGAGAAAAGGUUCACAUGUGAACAGUGUAUAAUGUUCAUUAAAGAUUAGCAUUUAUUAAGUAUAUACAGAACCGGUUGUCAUCCACAGAGGAAGGGUGACAUGAAAAAGAAGAAACACUUAAACAAUCACUCACUCUAUCACUGUCUUGCUAGAGGCACACCGAUACUACGGUCCAAAACUGCAAAUGUCUUCGUCUCUCUCUGUGCAGGCAUUAUACCUUUACCUCCAGGAUUCAAUGCCGGCUAACCGGCCUUAAGUCCUGGAGUCGUGUCUAUA